AUGGAAGCCAUGAAUGACGGGAUCAUGCCGGUGGAUCAAGGCACGAUCUAUCGGCAUAGUAUGCAACAGGAUUCGCCCGGCAAAACAUCCUCCGGGACAGAUUGGUUGAAGUUCUUUUCGGGAGGCGGCGGCGGCGGACAGAAGAAAGUCACUCGAGAUGGACAACCGGCGAAACGACGGGGACCGAAGCCAGACAGCCGGCCCGCCCUUACUAGACGACAAGAGCUGAAUCGUCAGGCUCAAAGGACGCAUCGCGAGCGGAAAGAACAGUACAUGCGAUCAUUAGAGACGGAGGUGUCGCGACUACGAGAGGCGUACACGCAGGAAAUCUCGGCGGCCAAUUUAACGGUCCACCAACAUCGAGAAAUGGUGCGAUCCUUGUCGGAGGAAAAUAACAUCCUGAAAGACAUCCUUGCCAGUCAAGGCAUCAACGUCGAAGCCGAGGUCGAACGGCACAAAGCCGAACGCACCACUCCGGCAUUCCAGCAACCAGCUCAGCAACAGUCGACGAGUCCCUUUGCCGGCAGCAGUGUCAGCUCGCAGCCGCCCAACGUUGCACAGCCUGGCAGUAACAUGUACACUUCCCCACCGGCCACGGUCACUCCUCCGACCACCGUUUCGGUUUCGUCGAGCGUUAGUCCCGCCAUGAACGGGGUAUCGCAUAUGGAUGUCUCCCCCGUCCAGGAACUUACGCCGCAGAAUCACUCCCAUCACAACGCGCCAUGCGACGCGCUGGCCACUUUGGACCGGAUAGCCCCGGCCAGUCGGCAACCGGCGCAUCCCAAUGGAGUUUUUGAAUCGGACCCUCAGUUGCAGGUUGACUUUAUCCUAACACUGGAAGGACCCUGUCGCGAACACACCGACUAUCUGUGUCGACGAUCCAUCACGGAGGCCGAUGACGAGGACAUGCCGUUCUCGGGACACGCGCUGAUGGCGACCUGCCCACCCCCCAGCUACAUCUCCAACACGACGAUCGAGCAAACCUAUCCCCACCAGACCUACGACUUACCACACGCCAAUCUUUCCACUCUGCUGAACCUCAGUCGACAGCUCGUCACCGAAGGGCAGAUCACACCAAUCAUGGCGCUGCAGUGCCUCAAAAGCCACGAGCUGUAUCGCAGCUUGACACGCGACGACAUCAAGAUCAUCAUCGAGACGCUGAACACGAAAGUACGAUGCUACGGGUUCGGGGCCGUGGUAGAGGACUUUGAACUCAAAGACUGCUUGAGUAGCGUGGUAGGCACCAAGGUAGACCUGGGGCUUUCACAGGUCACCGAUGAUAUGUUAUAUUCAUGA